UGCUCAUGAAAUUAUAACAAAAUGGAUAAGGAUUCAAUAAUUAUGGAACUCAGUCUUAGUCCACACAAGAAGCCUCAACUUAGAAAUCCCAUUAUAGAAAAUAAAUUCAAAUUCAUCUAUCAUCUUCCCAUUUUUUUCAAGAAAAGGUGCGCAGAGGAGAUUUCUACCAAGAACUUCUCUUGAAUGCUUUGGGUUGUGGUGAAGUCAACUCCAAGAAGUGUCGACUUGUGUGUUUCUUGGAAAAUACAGGAUGGGAUGAACUAGCAAGGGUGCUGUUGUUUAAAAAAUUAGUAAAUUCUAGCUUGCAGGGACUGUGUCCGCAUAUAUGUGGGUUCUGAUUAUUCUUGUUCAUACAUAGAAGUGAAAUAACAUUUGGGCCUCCAAAUUCACAGGUGUGUUGCUGGUUUGGUAUGACUAAAUUCUACUGCAUAAUUGUAUGAAGGAUCACCUACGUGAGGAGUGUUUAAAAUGUUGUUUGUAGCUGAAGAUAUGGGGUAUGCUUUUAGUAAGUUAGAGAUAGAAUCUGGAGAUGAUAGUUCAACCGACGAGCCUGUUGGGUGUCCUUGGCUCGAUAGAAAGUUGGACUUUUCGGACCAUGAUAUUGCUCAGCUAACAAAGCUACAAUCAGGGCCACAUGAGAAUUUGAGCAGAGUUCUUCCAGGGAGACGUCAGUUUCCCGUUUCAACUACAAAAAUGCUGGCGGGUCGAGAAGCAAAUCUUUCAGGAAGAGGAAGGUUCUCAUCAGGAGAUUGUCGUCAUGUUCUGAGUAAAUAUCUGCCUGUGAACGGUCCGUGGGUUGUGGAUCAGAUGUCCACAAGGGCUUAUGUAUCACAAUUUUCUGCUGAUGGCUCCCUUUUUGUUGCUGCAUUUCAGGGAAGUCAAAUUAGAAUAUAUGAUGUUGAUGGAGGAUGGAAAGUCCAGAAGAAUAUUCGGGCCAGAAGCUUAAGAUGGACAAUCACCGAUACAUCCCUUUCACCGGAUCAAAGACGCCUUGUCUAUGCUAGCAUGUCACCAAUUAUUCAUAUUGUUAAUGCUGGAUCUGCGACGAGAGAAUCGCUUGCAAACAUCACUGAAAUUCAUGACGGUUUGGAUUUCUCUUCUCCUGAUGACGGAGGAUAUUCUUUUGGAAUAUUCUCUGUGAAAUUCUCAACUGAUGGGCAAGAAGUUGUCGCGGGAAGCAGCAAUGGGAAUAUAUACGUUUAUGACCUUGAAGCAAAAAAGCUCUCUCUUCGAAUUUCAGCGCACAUGUCUGAUGUCAAUACCGUGUGUUUUGCUGAUGAGAGUGGCCAUCUCAUUUAUUCUGGGAGUGAUGACAAUUUUUGUAAGGUCUGGGACAGACGCUGCUUUACAGCCAAAGGCAAACCGGCAGGGAUCCUUGUGGGCCACCUUGAAGGCAUAACAUUUGUUGAUAGCCGUGGAGAUGGUCGGUAUUUAAUAUCCAACGGCAAAGAUCAAGCCAUCAAACUUUGGGAUGUUCGGAAAAUGUCAUCUAAUGCUGCUUACUCCCAUUUGUCCCUUUUCAGCUAUCGAGGAUACAGGGACUAUGAAUGGGAUUACAGAUGGAUGGACUACCCUCUGCAUGCAAGAAAGUUGCAGCAUCCAUAUGAUCAAUCAGUAGCUACAUAUAAAGGACAUUCUGUCUUGCGUACACUCAUCCGUUGUUACUUCUCGCCAGAGUAUAGCACCGGCCAGAAGUACAUCUACACCGGAUCCCAUGAUUCAUGCAUCUACAUUUAUGAUUUGGUGAGCGGUGCCCAAGUUGAAAAGCUGCAGUACCACAGAUCUACGGUGAGAGACUGUAGUUGGCACCCGAAUUACCCAAUUUUGGUGAGCUCGUCUUGGGACGGAGAAGUGGUGAAAUGGGAAUUCCCUGGAAAAGGGCUGGCACCUGUAAGUCCAAUUGCAUGAUGAUAUAGCAAUCAAUCCCCAUACCAUGUAUUCAUAGUGUCCUCUUAACUGUUGAAUAAGGUGUUAAACGAUUUGUACCAGGAAAUGUACAUAGAAAACUACAAGGCUAAGGAUUGUAUGCUGUACACCAUAAUAUGCAGUCUACUAAGAAUGAUUUGAAUUCUUGUUCCAGGACGUUGUAGAUUUUGUCAUGAUUGUAGUAUAUGAUUUCAUCUCAUUGAGAAAAAACGA